GCGAUCCUCGCCUUUCCCGUUGACCCCUUUUUCAGACCCCUUCCCCCAGCCCCGGGCCUCCACGAGAGCAGCCCCACCGCCGCGGCCCCCCGCCACAGUCCCCGCAGCGGCCCCUCCGCCCUCCCGGCUGCGCCAUGGCCGCGGCGGCCGAGCCCAGCAGUGGCAGCAGAUACCAGCAGUUGCAGAAUGAGGAAGAGUCUGGAGAGCCUGAGCGAGUUGUUAGUGAUGCUCCUCCCCCGUACAGCAGCAUCUCUGCUGAGAGUGCAGCAUAUUUUGACUACAAAGAUGAAUCUGGAUUUCCCAAGCCCCCUUCUUACAAUGUGGCUACCACAUUGCCUACUUAUGAUGAAGCAGAAAGGACCAAGGCUGAAGCCACCAUCCCCUUGGUUCCUGGGAGAGAUGAUGAUUUUGUAGCAAGGGAUGAUUUUGAUGAUGCUGACCAGCUGAGGAUAGGAAAUGAUGGGAUAUUCAUGUUAACUUUUUUCAUGGCAUUCCUCUUUAACUGGAUUGGGUUUUUCCUGUCUUUCUGUCUGACCACCUCAGCUGCUGGAAGAUAUGGGGCCAUUUCAGGUUUUGGCCUUUCUUUAAUUAAGUGGAUCUUGAUUGUCAGGUUUUCCACUUAUUUCCCUGGCUACUUUGAUGGUCAGUACUGGCUCUGGUGGGUUUUCCUUAUAUUAGGCUUUCUUCUGUUUCUCAGAGGAUUUAUCAAUUAUGCAAAGGUUCGGAAGAUGCCAGAUACUUUUUCAACCCUCCCCAGGACCAGAGUUCUCUUUAUUUACUAAAGAUGUUUUCUGGCAAAUGCCUUCCUGCAUUUAUGAAUUCUCUCUCAAGAAGCAACAGGACACCUGCAGGAAGUGAAUCAAGAUUCAAAACACAGAAGAAAUAAUCACCUGCUUUAAAAAAUAAAUAAAGUACUGUUGAAGAUCAUUUCUCUUUAUUUGUUUUUAGGUGUAAAAUUUUAAUAGUUAAUGCAGAAUUCUGUAAUCAUUGAAUCAUUAGUGGUUAAUGUUUGAAAAAGCUAUUGCAAUCAAGUCUGUGAUGUACUAAUAAUGCCUUAUAUAUUGUUUGUAGUCAUUUAAAAUAGCAUGAGCUAUGUCCCUAUAGUCAGUAGGGGGCAGUCUUGCUUUAUUUAAUUCUCCAUCUUAAAAUGAAUUUGGAAUUAAAUAUUUCAGUGUAAGAUAUGUAUAAUGCUGGCCAUUUUGAAGGGAUGUUCUCAAAAGUUUAGAAAACUGUUAAGACUCCAUUUCUGCUCAUGAUACGUAUACACUGUUAAAAAUAAAUCUAUAAAUCUUAAAUUGUGUUUUGUGUACACCUGGAAACAAAGUCAUAGUACAAAAUUCACUUAAGGUGUAGUCAAGAAUGAGUGUUCUUUUUUGCAAGGUAAUACAAGUAUUAGUCUGUAACCUAAAUUUUACAGUACGCUUUUCUUUUGUAUUCAGUACUUUGGGGAUUUCAUAAACAUUUUCACUAUAUAUGGUAUUGUUAUAUUAUCAAGGACAAAGAUGACAAAAUUAGUAAGUAUAGUUCUUUACAUCUCUCACAAAACAGGUUCCUCUUAUUUUAUUUUACUUUAUUGUCUCUGGAUAUAGAGACUAGAGGAUUGGGGGAAAAACAGAGUUUUGGCUUUGGGACUUUUGAGAUGAUCCCUAAUAAAUUGUAUUGCUUUUAUAAUGUGUUAGGAGAAACUAUGAUACAAUGUAAGUGUAGACUGAUGUGCUUUCUGCGGAGUGGUAAUUCAAAUUUGAGUUUUACUAUGUUAAAACUGUAAAUACAGCAGAACCUUAAUAAAUGUUACUUAUGUAGCAA